AUGUGUUGUCAAAACGCCAUCCAGCGGACCACAGUGAAAGUUGCAAAUCUCCGAGGAAAGGCUGCUGGUAUUGAAAAAGAUAUUGUAGCGAAGUUUAAGCGCGGUGAUGUUGAAUUGGCAAAGAUUUGUGUGGAAAACCUUAUAAAUAUCAAGAAGGAUAUGUUCGUUCUUCAAUCUCUCCAAGUUUACAUAAUGAACCUCGAUACAAGUGUUGGAGUGAUCAUGAUGGAGAAGGAUCCUCCUCACAACCUGGAAACAUGCAUCGGAACCAUAUUAUCUUGCCGUAACAAAGUGGACGUCGAUGAGCUCAGCUCUAUCUGCCAGAUGCUGGACAGCAAAUACAAGGGGAAAAUCUCCAUGCUUCAAAACAGCGGUGAUGCGCACAUCAUCGAGCGUCUCUCUCCAAGCGUUCCUUCCAACAUCGACGUUGAGAACACGCUGAAGCAAGUCCUCAACGCCCACGGCAUCAACUACGGUCCUUCUCUUCUCCUUCUCUCAUUCUAG